UAAAAGCACAGGCUUUUUUUUUUUUUUGACAGCUGGCCGGGAUCCAGAGUGCUCUCAGCUGAAAAAAUAACCAGAGCACCUCCGGAGUAAGCUGCAAACUCCCUUGCUCCACCCCUGCCCACUGAGCUGGCUUGCAGUGGCUGCUUGCCCGGAGAAAAGCGGAGGGACGCUCUGUCUCUGCAUUGCUGAGCUGCCAGGAAAGUGGUGUGUGUGUGUGUGUGUUUUGUGUGUGUGCCUGUCUGACUCAGCAACUGAAAGCGCCAUUACUGGGGUUGGAACAGGCAAAUGCCCCAGGGCUCGGUUUGGUGAGUGGGCAUCGUCCAGCGCCUCUUGGAAAUUCCUGACCUCCAGGAAAUUGUGGUUUCUUUCCGGAGUUGGAGGAAAGCCAAGGGCAGCUGUCGACACAGGAUCUUGAAGCUGAACCUGUCCGAUGCCAGGGGAUCCCCGUUCCCCCAACAUUCCUGCAUCGUUGAAGGGCAAUUGCAUGACCUUUUCCUGCCCGUCCUAAAUUUCAGCCGGGUUAACCCUCUUGGAUUCUCCUUCCUUUCUUCCUUAGCUUUUGCCUUUUUUUCCUCCCCAUCCCAUCCCGUCCUCUUGGCUCCGAGCGAAAGAAGACCAUGGCCGACAGCCAGAUGCCUUUCUCCUGCCAUUUCCCCAGCCGGCACCGAAGCCUUCGGGACCCUUUCCGGGAAUCCAGCCUCUCCUCUCGACUCUUGGACGAGGACUUUGGGAUGUCGCCCUUUUCCGGCGAACUGACGGCCAACUGGCCGGAUUGGGCCCGCUCCCGGUUGAGCAGUGCCUGGCCCAGCCCGCUCCGAGCGGGCAUGACCCGUACCCCUGGCCUCUCCCCGCCAGGCUAUGGGGCCAGAUUUGGGGGUUACACAGAAGGAGGACCCUUUGGCGGGAGCCCACCCCCCUUCUCUGGGGAGCCCUGGAAAGUGUGCGUCAACGUGCAGAGCUUCAAAGCCGAGGAGCUGACGGUGAAGACCAAGGACGGCUACGUGGAAGUCUCUGGUAAACAUGAAGAACAACAGGCGGAAGGAGGAAUCGUGUCUAAGAAUUUCACCAAGAAAAUCCAGUAA